GCUUAGUUGAACAACGAGGACACGUCCACGCACGCAUCAUCGUCGCUGGCGCUUCGGACUCCGCAAUGGGUUUGAUGAAACGCCUGCCAAGGGUAAGUCAAAUUUUCCUGUGUGGAACUCGAUCUUGAGAGCUUAUAUCUCUAGUGGGUAUCACGUAGAAGCUUUGGAAGAUACAUGUUGAGCUGAGAAAACUCGGGGUUUUGGGUGAUGUGUUCGCUUUCCCUUUGGUGAUGAAAGGUUGGUUCGAAAUGGGUAGCUCAAACUGGUGCCGGAGCGUUCAUCGUCACGCUUUGCAAAUGGGCUUGCACCAUAAUUUGCAUGUGCUGAAUGUAUUGACGGAGUCUGGAUUAUGCAACGAGGCUUGUGAAUCAUUCUCCUAGCUCAAGUAAUCAGAAGGCUGUUCAUUGGUGAGGCCUACUGUGAUUAGUUGGAGCACCAUCAUCGAUGCAUUUGCUUCUGCGCGGAGAGGGAGCAAGCCUUUGGAACUCUACAAACAAAUGCAGCCUGCCAACAUAGCGGGGAAUGCUGUGACCAUCUCUAGUGCCCUAUCAGUUUGUGAAGAGUUGGCGGCACUAAACCUUGUGGUUCGGGCUUUGAUGAUUCAUUGAAUCAUAACCUCCUAGUGUCGAGCAGCUUGAUCACAAUGUACAUGAAAUGUGGAAGCCUUAAUGAGGGGAGCCUGGUGUGUGAGAAACUUGAUGUCAAGAACUUAAUCUCGCAGGACCCAAUGAUUGCAGGGUGUGGAAUGCACAGUUUAGGAAAAGAUGCAGGGAGAUAUUUUUAUGGAAUGGUUGAAACUGGAUUUAAGCCAGAUAAGGUAACUUUCGUUGCUGUUCUUUCUGCUUGUAGUCGUGCAGGGCUUGUUGUCAAGGGUCGUAAGAUUUAUGAUCAAAUGACUGAAGAGUGUGCAAUUGAGCCGCGGAUGGAACACUAUGCUUGUGUUGUUAAUCUGUUGAGCCGAUCUGGCUCCUUGCAGGAAGCUAGAGAGAUAGCAAAACCCAUGCCAUUGACACCUAAUGCAUGUGUUUUGGGAGCUCUUCUUAAUGCUUGUAGGGUGUAUAAACUACCGGUUUUGUGGAGGCAACAGCCUCCCACAUUUUCAGCCAGAAUUCGGAAACUAUGGCAAGCUAUAUGCUUCUCCCUAUCACUCUUGCUGCAAAUGGCCGGUGAGAUGAUUCUGCAAGUGCGGGGAUUUCUGCCAAGUAGAAGGGUUUGAAGAAAGUCCCAGGCCAGAGUUGGAUUGAGUUGAAUAAGAAGGUCUCUA